AUGCCGCAGCAGGGCCGGGGGGAGCAGCGGGACGCGGCGGCGGACAAGCUGCUGUGCCUGCUGGGCUACCUGGAUUCGGUUGAGCAGGAGGCUGAGGGCGAGGCAGCGGCCGCCGCAGUCGAUCCGGCACCACCUAGGCACACGCCCGCGGCCGCCGCUGCGCCACGAGGCCCGCAAACGGCCGCGGCGCCCGGGGCUCGCGCGUGCGGCCGGGGCAGCGCCGUGACAGGCGAGGUGCCGGCCGAAAACUGCGGCGACGCGGGCGGGAAUCGAUCGGCGGCGCUGGCGGAGAGCGUGUUUGACGGCGUCCGCGCCCGCCUGCGGCGGCUGGAGCAGGAGGUUGCCGCGCGCGACGCCGCCCUGGCCGCCGCCGAAGCCGCGGCGGCCGAGCGCGCGCGCGCGCACGCCGCGGAGCUCCUGGCCGCGCGCGCGCGCGGGGCGAAGGCGGCGGCGGCGGCGCGGGGCGAGGGGGAGGCGGCGGCGGCGCGGCAGCUGGCGUUUAUUGACCGGCUGAUGGCUGACAAGGACGACCUCACGCGCGCCCUCGCUGCGGCGGGGGAGGCCUCCCAGGCGUCCGAGGCGCGCUACGGCGCCGCCAUCGCCGCACUCAAGGAGGGCUGGGCGGGUGAGCUGCGGCGCCAGCGGGAGGGGUGGGCGGCGGCGGAGCGCGCCAGGCGCGACGCGUGGGCUGAGGGCAAGGCGGCUGAGAUAAAGGCGCUCACGGUCAAGGACCAGGAUGACGCGGUGGAGAGGGAGAGGGCGGCGGCCGCGGCCAGGCUGGGGGAGGCGUGCCAGCGCUACGAGCAGCAGAUGCAGGUGCAGCGGCUGCGGCUCGUGGCUGAUGCCGAGCUGAAGCUGGAGGCGGCAGAGGCGGCGUGGCGCGACGACAAGCGGCGCGCGGAGGAGGCCGCGGCCGCCGCGGCGGAGGCCCUGCGGGCGCUGGAGGGGCGGCUGGGGGAGGAGGCGGCGCGGAUCUCGCUGCAGCAAAGCGUGUGCAAUGAGUAG